UAAUAUAUGUAUGUAUGUAUGUAUAGAUGGUCUUUGAUUGCUGCAAGGCUUCCGGGUAGGACAGCUAAUGAUGUGAAGAAUUAUUGGCACACAAAUUUGCGCAAAAAAGUGAUUCCAAGAAAAGAAGAAAAGGAAGAAAAAGAGAAAUCUAAAGAAAGCAUGAUCAAAUCUCAUGAAGUUAUCAAGCCUCGACCUCGAACUUUUUCAACUCAUUCACUAUGGUUGAAGAAGAAACAUAAUUUCGUGAGUAAUGGUAGUGCAACAAAACUAGUGAUUUCAAGUGAAGAUGGCAAUGUUCCAAGAGAGUGUGACAAGACUACACUCCCAAAUCUCAUUGAUUCUUCUUCAAGUCAUUCACCAUGGUUGAAGAAGAAUCAUAGUCUUCCAACAACACUAAUGGCUUCAAGAGAAGAUGUUAAUAUUCCAAGAGAGUGUGACAAGACUACACUCCCAAAUGUUGGUGAUGCACAAACAUGUGUUGGCAAUGACCCAUCAUCUACAACAUGGUGGGAGAGUUUGUUGAACAUGGAUGAAGAAAGAAGCAAUGAGAAAAUUGAUUCUUCCUCUUUAUUACCAAAGGAGAAUUUCACUUUGGAGUUUUCAAAUGUGGAGGAUUUUUUUAAUAAUGGUCCCACGGUCAGUGAUUCCGAUUGGGAUUCCAAUCUUUAUGAUUUCAAUUUCUUUGGGGUCUUUAAUUAGUUCUAAUGGCGUAUAAAAGUUAAGAUUGUUUAAGAGAAUUUAAAUGGAUCCAACUAAAUUAUAUACUUUAAAGUUUCAUACUUAUAUUUAGUGGGAUCUAUUUAAAUUUUAAUGUGUUAAAAACAGUGUGCUAGAGAUUAUGUUGCUAGCAUAAUUCUUUUAAUAAAGUCAUUUAGUUUAAA